AUGACGUCCGGAAGCCAAGCAGACUUCGCACCACCGCAAAAUCGCUACGACCUUGCUGCGCGCGGCUUCGCGCUGAGAAUCGAUCUCGAGAAGCAUAACGCCUGGAAAUCGAAGCAGCCUCCGAGGACACACGAAAAGGAACUUCUACAUAUUACCGGCAACCCACUGCCAACGGCCUAUGGAGCGGCGUACAGGAUUAUCGAAGAGUUGAGCAGCCCCUACUAUCUGUCGGAGGACAACAAAGAGCCGAAAUACAACCCGUCCGGGGAUCACAUUCAAAUCUUGUGCGAACGAUUGGGUGAUAUGGUGAAGCGAGAGAAGCACGUGGCGAGGCCGGAAGGGCGGACGAUUGUCGUCGGAGACCUUCAUGGAAAUUUCAACGACCUUUGGCGCAUCAUCCAUGCUUGGCUGUCGGAUGUGGUUGACGGAGGGCCCGGCCAAAACAUCAUGUUCCUCGGAGACAUCGUCGAUCGCGGCCCCCGUCAACUUGAAUGCUUGCUGCUGAUUAUGGCGUACAAAAUGCACUACCCCUACCAGGUGUUCAUCGUCCGUGGCAACCACGAAGAGGACCAAGUUUGCUACGAUUUUCAAGAACAUAUGGUUGCACGCGGUUUCUUCGAAAAGCUUCCGGUUAUUGGGCUAAUUGACGACCGGAUUCUGUGCAUGCACGGCAUGCUCACACCCGAGCUGACGCGAGGCGUUCUGAAAACUGGCUGGGAAAUGGAGCAGACGCUAUACGCUGGGAUGGCCAGGCUAUUGCGCUGGAACGAUCCGUCAGAAGAUGUUGAACAUGUCGAGCCCAAUGCGACGCGAAACUUCGGCCAGCUAUUGGGCCCUCACGCUAUCGAAGGCGCGAUUGAACGUCUUCACGUCGACUUCGUCAUCCGUGGUCACCAGGCGAUGACGAACGGCGUGCGCCGAUUUGCCAACCUCCCGUUGGCUACCGUCUUCUCGUCUUCGUACUACCUAAACACGCAGAAUUUCGGCGCCGUUCUCUUCGUCAAUCCUGUGAAAAACGAGAUCGUGCCGAUCUUCAUCGUGAACCACAAGGACAGCAUCAAGACGCAAGAGGAAUUCGACGAGAAGCUGCGUGAGGGCUGGAAAGUCGAUGAUUAUGCGGUCAUCCCCGACGACAUCACGGUGAAGGGAGAGAAGAAG